GAAGGAGGAGUUCAUUGGAAGGCACAGGCGGCAUCUCAUAGUGGUCACGAGGCCAUCGCGCGACUGCUGCUGGACCGAGGUGCAGAAGUCAAUGCACAAGAAGGAGAGUACGGGAACGCAUUGCAAGCGGCGUCUUGUUUCGGCCGCGAUGUCAUGUUGCUAGAAAAAGGUGCUGAGGUCGACGCAAGAAGAGGAAACGGCGGGUUUGCGCUGCAGGCGGCGUCUCAAGGUGGUCACGAAACCGUCGUGAAACUGCUGCUGGAUCGAGGUGCUGAGGUGAAUGCGCAAAGAGUGCACAAGAGUGCGUUG